AUGCAGCAUAUCAAUCUAAGCGCUGAGAAAGUCCAUAAAUGCCUUGCGGCUGGCGAGCAACGGCACCGAUCCGACUUUUGGACAUAUAUCCUGCGACACAAUGAUGAAAAGGGCAUGAGUGUUGAAGAAAUGGAAUCGAAUGCGAGUCUUUUCAUCAUUGGUGGGAGUGAGAGUGACGCGACGGCGCUGUGUGGAAUCAUGUACCUGUUGGUAAAGAACCCGGAAUCGAUGCAGAAACUACGCGCCGAUAUCACCGCUGCAUCCACCAAGCAGGAAGAUAUCAAUAUGAUAAGUACCAUCGUCAAUGUCUCUCAACAGCCAACCUACCACCUCACCAGCAACUUUGCGCACUAG